AAAAUUUGGGCCGUGUCUCUUCCUCUUCUCCUUUGCUUCCGAGACUCAAGAACCCUUGCUUCUGUCCCGUCUCUGUCUUGCCUCUAGGGUUCCAAAACAAUCAGCUUCCUCCUCUCCGACAAAGCUAGCGUUCAUGGCGGGGAUGCGGGUUCCGCCGCAGGAGGACUCGGAGCUCCCCAUGUCCCGGCCGCCGCCUCCCCCGGCUGCCGGCGAUCUGGUGUCGGACGACGACCGAUCGGUGGCGGCCGACUCCUGGUCCAUCAAGAGCGAGUACGGAAGCACCCUCGACGACGACCAGCGCCACGCCGACGCCGCCGACGCCCUCGCCGCCGCCAACUUCCCUGCUGCCAUCUCCGACUACAGUUCUGAUAAGGAUGAGACAGAUGCCAAUGAUGUCGAAGCAUCAAUGCUAGGCUUACAGAGCUACUGGGAUGCUUCUUAUGCAGAGGAUCUAGCAAAUUUUCAUGAGCAUGGACAUGCUGGCGAAAUUUGGUUUGGUAAUGAAGUCAUGGAUACUGUUGCAACUUGGACUAAAAACUUAUGUCUCAACUUGUCCCAAGGUGGGAAUGCUGCUGCCCAAAGCAAUCACAUAUCUGAAUCUGGUGAGACUAUCAAAGACUUGUCAAGCUGGAGUGUGCUUGACGUUGGAACUGGGAAUGGCUUGCUUUUGCAAGCACUAGCAAAGCAAGGAUUUUCAGAUUUAACUGGAACUGACUAUAGCGAAGGAGCUAUUGAACUUGCACGAAGCCUUGCUGUUCGUAAUGGAUUUUCCAAUAUAAAAUUUGUGGUUGAUGAUAUUCUAGAAACAAAAUUGGACAGAAAAUUCCAGAUUGUUAUGGACAAAGGGACUUUGGAUGCCAUAGGGUUACAUCCUGAUGGGCCGAUAAAAAGGAUAAUGUAUUGGGAAUCAGUAGCAAACUUGGUUUCCCCUCGUGGCGUCUUGGUGAUAACAUCUUGUAAUAACACAAAAGAGGAGCUGGUGCAAGAGGUGGAGAACUUCAAUGAUAGAAAGUACGGUGGUAAGGAUGCAGACCAAGAAGCAAGCGGUGAGCCUUGGGUCUUCCGAUACCUUGAUUAUGUGCGUAGUUACCCCACGAUUAUGUUCGGCGGGGUUGAAGGUUCUCGUGUGUGCACUGUUGCAUUUCUGCGAAGCUGAUAUUUGUAACAUGUUAUUGCCCUUUGUUUCCGGAAUUUUAUUGUGGGGGUUCAUGUUGCAUGUGCUUAAGUGUUUAUCUUUUCUUUUCUUUUCUUUUCUUUUCUUUUCUUCUGAUUUUAAGACCCGGUUAGAAGUGUUAAACAUGUAUGUUUCUUUAUAACAGAAUUAGAAGCGUUAAACAUGUAUAUUUUCUUUAUAACAGAAUAUUAGAGACAAAAUAGGGAAGAUAUUUAUUGCAGGACGGUUAUAUGA